AUGUCUCUUUUCCCUACAGCACAGCGACCCAAGCACUUGGUGCAGUUCAACGCAGGAAAAUGCAUUCGUGAAGGCAACAUGUUAAAGCCUGACUUGCGUAAAGGAACAGUGUAUAUGGAUCAGAGCGAGGAUCAGCUUAUGCACUUUUAUUGGAAAGAACGUAAAGCGUCGACUGAACCCGAAGAGGAUUUGAUUAUCUUUCCAGACGAGGCCGAGUUUGUGCGUGUCAACGAAUGUACUACGGGACGUGUCUAUCUAUUGAAGUUCAAGUCUUCCAACCAGAAAUUGUUCUUUUGGAUGCAAAGCAAGAGUGAUGAAAAGGAUGAGGAAAACGUCUCUCGUGUCAACUUGUUGAUCAAUGACCCACAAGCUGCUAUGGAAAGUGCAAGUGGUUCGAGCAGGAUGCCUGGUAUCGAUGUCAACCUUGGUGGCAACUCCCCCGCUGAUAUGAUGCAACUUUUGGGUGGUUCAGAUGGCAUCUCUCGUGAAAACAUUUUGCAAUUCCUUCAGACGGCCGGUGGUUUUGGUGGUACAAUUCCUUUGUCUGUUCCUUCGGGUGGUGAUGGCCCCGUUGAUCAGGAUCAAGGUGAACGAACGGAAGAACAUGAUAGCAGCAACAACCGUCAAUCUACCAAUGUCACCCCUGCUCAGCUUGAGCAAGUGCGAAAUGCUCUUAUGGGCGUACAAGCACCAGAAACCCAAGAUACCUCAAUAACCUUGUCUGACAAUCUCAUUUCCGAGUCCCUUACACCUCUUAUCAACGACAGCGAAUUGUUCUCAGCUCUUUUCCCAUCCAUCACGCAACCUUCUGGUGAGCAAUCAUCCGAUCAAGUACGACAACUUGUUUCAAGCCAAGAAUUUCAACGAGCAUUGUCCACUUUGCGUGUUGCAUGUGAGAAUGGUGAAUUGAACACUGUUGCUUCAGAGAUUGGAUUGGGUUCGUCGGCCCACAACAAUUUUGAAUCUUUGUUAAGUGCCUUUGGAGAACAAGCCAAGCGUCGGCAGAGAGAAAGAAAUUCAGAUGCCAUGGAGGAAGAUUAG